AUGGACAUAUUUCGGGAAACAAUGUCAGUGAACCGAUUCCUCUUUCUUUUACGAUGCCUCCGUUUUGAUGACAUUAGAGAUCGUCCCAGUAGAAGAGACGUCGAUAAAUUAGCUCCGAUCAGAGAAUAUUUUGGAAAUUUUGUCACAAAUUGCAAAAAGGCUGAUACUAUAGGAGAAUAUGUGUCCAUUGAUGAGAAGUUGGAAUCAUUCAAAGGUCGUUGUUCCUUCAAACAAUAUAUGCCUAACAAGCCAGCAAAGUAUGGCAUAAAAAUAUUUGCUCUUGUAGAAGCAAGGGUAUUUUAUACCUGGAGUAUGGAAAUUUAUGCUGAUAAACAACCAGAUGGGCCAUUUCAAGUUGAAAAUGGUGCAAGCGAAGUUGUCAAACAUUUAAUAAGGCCCUUAUACAACUCUGGUCGAAAUUUAAAAGUUGAUAAUUGGUAUAUGGGAUAUGAAUUAUCUCAAGAUCUCCUAAAGAAGAAAAUUACGAUAGUAGGUACAAUUCGUAAAAAUAAGAGAGAAAUCCCACCUGAGUUUCUGGCAAAGGAAAAGAGAAUUGUUCAGAGACGGUACAAAGUCCUUGUCUACGAUGAGUUUGUCGUCAGAGGGAACACAGCGGUGCUGAGGUGCCAAGUUCCUGCGUUCGUGCACGACUACAUCACUUACAUUUGGAAAAGAGGAGAUGGUGCAUCUAUAACAUCAACUGCUUCUAGAGGUGGUCGCUAUAGCGUGCUGCCGACAGGUCAGUUGUACAUUCGAGCGGUAACUCAAGCGGAUGGGCAGACAAGUUACAGCUGCCAGACACGACAUCGGUUGACUGGAGAAAUAACAGUCAGUGCUUCAGCUGGCAGACUCUUUGUUACAGAACCCCACGGGAAUUCAUCCCCCAAAAUUAUAGAUUUUCGCCAAAUAGUGUCGGCGAAUGAAGGAGAGUCUCUGGAAAUGGCAUGCGCGGCCACUGCCUACCCUCCACCCACAUACAGAUGGUACCGAGAAGAAGAGGGUCGCCUUGUUCUCUUGACUUCAAACCAUCGCAUAACUCAGUUGGAUGGCUCUUUAAUAUUGCAGUUCGUGAGUGUUCAAGAUAGUGGACGAUACAUUUGCGUCGUGAACAACACUGCGGGAGAAGACAGAUCGUUUACUCUGCUUACGGUGUCAGCUCCUCUCGCUGUUUACAUAACGCCCCAGAGACAAAUAGUGGACGUGGGUCGUUCGGCAACCUUCAACUGCACAGUGUCUGGUCAACCAAUCCGAUCUUUAAACUGGGUGAAAGAUCAAAGGCCCAUUGAAGAUUAUUAUGGUGGUGGGCGAUUGGUAUUACUAGCUAGGGACGUUCUACAUAUACCAGCAGUUCAGAGAGAAGAUAAGGGAAUGUACCAAUGUUUCGCAUUUAACGAUUUUGAAUCAGCUCAGAGUUCGGCGGAAUUGAAGUUAGGCGAUGUCGCACCUGUACUUUUGGCGACAUUUACCGGUGAAGCUGUUCGACCCGGUUCUUCCGUAUCCUUGCGUUGCUCUGCCUCUGGAAAUCCUCUUCCCCAGGUGACAUGGUUCCUUGAUGAUGUUAACAUACCAGAUGCCAUGCGAUUUCGUGUCGGAGAUUACGUCACUUCGGACGGCUAUGUGAUGAGUUACGUAAAUGUGACGGAUAUUCGUGUGGAAGAUGGCGGAGAAUACUCAUGUACUGCAACAAAUGCCGUUGCCUCCGUUCGCCAUGCAGCCAGGCUAGAUGUCUAUGGGCCUCCAUUCGUGAGACCAAUGGCCAAUUUUAGUGUUGUUGCUGGACAAAGGGUUUUGCUCAAAUGCCCCAUUUCAGGAUAUCCUAUUGAAUCUGUGACGUGGAUCAAAGAUGGCGCCACAUUACCCAUCAAUCAUCGACAGAAGGUAGAAAAGUUAAGUCAUCUUGUCAUCCAAGAUGUUCAACGUUCUGCUGAUGAAGGAUUUUAUAUAUGCGAAGCCACAGGUUCUGAAAAUAAAAAAGCAGAAGGAAAGAUGCAUAUGAGUGUUCUUG